GAAAACAGAGGUGCUUACUUUUGAAUGCCACGGUGUUUUUCAUGCUAGUCUGUGUUUGUUUGUUUUAAUAAAAAGUUUAACUCGCACCCCAAGUACGAUGGGUAUAGAAGACGAAGCGGAUCGCACUCUCUUCAUAAGAAACUUAGACACCAGAGUUACGGAGGAACUCCUGUUCGAGCUGUUUUUGCAGGCUGGACCGCUCAUCCGAACUAAAAUCCCUAAAGAUUCGGAUGGGAAACAGAAAACAUUUGGCUUUGCAGUUUAUAAACAUGAGGUUUCCGUGCCUUAUGCCAUGCAACUCCUAAAUGGGGCAUCGCUGUAUGGGAAAACCAUCCAAGUCCAGUUCAGAACGGGUAGCAGUCAUAGCAGUCCAGGAAACUCCCAGAAUUCUAGUCCUGCAAAUACCCCAAAUCCUCAUGGCCAAAGGAUGCCAAUCCAGUUUGGUUCUCCUCCAUACACGCCUCCACACCAAAUGCAGAGGUCAUUUUCAUCGCCUGAUAAUCUCCCGAAGCAUGUCAUGAGGAACAACAUGUGGCAGCUCCAUAUGCAGCAGCUCGAGCAGCUUAACGGCGCUUUUGCCAAAUCUUUCCACCGGCAGUCACCCGCUGUUGGAAAUUCUGGCAGGGGGUUAGAGUUGAGGCAGCAGGACGGCGAUCACUACAGGCAUGAUCGAACCCAGGUGAACAGCGGCGGGAGAAGCCAGCGCCACGGGGAUGAGCACGGCUCUGGUCGUCAUCAGCACAGCCACAGCCGGGAGAACUAUCACCACCAGAAUGACAGGAGUGGUGGCAACCGAUACCACGACAGCCGAGGUGGAAACAGUCGUGAUGAACGGGCUGGCAAUCGUGGCCCCAAAGAGUACGUUCACAGAUGGCGACGUUACUGAGUUACAUCUUUGUGAAAAAAAACAAUGAAAAAAAAAAUCAGUUCUUCACAUUUUGUGGACAUUUCUUUUAGGAAAAUCGGAAUUAGGUUAAAAAUCAUUGUGUAUAUACUCAGGUUGUUUGUAAAUGAUCUCACCAACUUGAGGAUUUAAUAACUCAUGCCUUUAAGGCCUCUUUUUAAAGGUCUUUUUAAAUUUGAACAUUUUUCUUUGAUGUGACACUUUUUUUCUCAGCUGUUCUGAAUAUUCUGAAAGUGAUUGUGAUGCAGACGCAGUUACAACAUGACUGGCAGUGAAUCUUGAAUGACAAAAUAAAUUUAAAAAAAAUGACAUAAAAAGUAUAUACUUACCAGAUUUGUGUUAUGCAAUUGUACUUAUGGUACAAUGUGGUGCUCCUAACAAUGUAAACAAUUUUCAGGUACUUUUGCUGAAAAGAAUAUCAACUUUAGCUAUAAAUUCCUCCAGCAACAUUAAAGCAAACACAGGGCACCAACUUUUUUUAAUGUGUAGAUCAACCUUGCUCUUUCCAGCAAAAGGGGCUUCAUUUGACUUUUCUGUGGGUUUUAUUUUUUUAAACUCCAAUCUGUAAAACAUGUUUUAAAGUGAACAUUUUCUCUAUAAACCUCUUUUCACUUGA